CCGGUUCCAAAAGGAACCGGUUCCUAACGUCCGGUUCUGGAACUGUUAAGACGAUGUUUGAAUUUCGAUUCUUUUUAUCGGUUCCUAAAUGCGCGCGCAUGUUUCCGGGGCGGGGUUUGUAUUACUCCGCCGCGUGCUCCGCUAAACAUCAGUUGUCUGAAGUUCGAACAUGGGCCGCAAACGCCGCUCAAAAGUCUGGCUUCAUUUUAAUUUAAAAAAGGACGGCUUCGCACAGUGCAACACCUGCAAUAAACUUAUUACUGCCAAAGGAGGGUGCACAACAAACAUGAUAAAACACCUUCGCCUGCUGCAUGGUAUAACAAUCAACGAGUGUAGUGUGUUUGACGCGUUGCGUCGGUCUCGUGCUCCCAUCGCUUCCUCCACUUUGGACAGUCAACCAUCAGCUAGUAACUCCUCAUUGGAAACGGAAUCAGUUGUUGAACGCUCGCAGAGUGAUGCUAACGUUAACGUUAGCCAGUCUGAGCCUGCUGCUGCUGCUGCGGCUGCUGCUGCUACGUUAACCGGCCCGAGACCCCAGCCAGCAAAGAUACAACAAACUCCUUUCAGCAUGGCAGCAAGGGGAAAGCUGUCAGCGGAGCAAAUUGCUGAGUGCCACAGAAAAGUAAUGGCGUAUGUGGUAAAAAGGCUGCAUCCCUUUAGCGACGUCGAGUCGCCCACAUUUAGGGAUAUGAUCCAUUCAAUAAACCCGAAGUACACCCCCCCUACAAGGGAGUGUUUAACUAAUAGAUUGAUCCCGGCAUGGUACCAGAUAGAAAAAUCUAAUCUGAUCUCAGAGCUGAGUGAGGUCAGUCACAUAGCUCUCACUUGUGAUGGCUGGACUAGCCUAACCCAAGACCACUACCUAACUGUCACAGUGCACUCUUUAGUGGAAAGUAACAUGAGGCAGAAAGUUCUCGCAACAAAAGCUGUGUACAGAGCCCAGACAGGAAUUGUCGUGGCAGAGGAAAUCGGCGACAUCCUGAAAGAAUUUGGCGUGUUUGAUAAAGUAGUAGCCGUUACUGUGGAUAAUGCGGCCAAUAUGGACGUAGCCAUCAAACGGCUGCAGUUUGUGAAGCUCGGCUGCUUCGCUCAUUCACUAAACCUAGCAGCACAAAGUCUGUACUCCAGCAGCUCAGUGGCUCAGGGGACUGCAAAGAUUCGUGCCAUCAUCGUCUGGAUGAAGAGGUCGUCCAUGGCGAAGGUGGUUCUACGGGAAAAGCAGGAUGUCCUAAACCUCCCUCAACAUUCACUGAUUCUCGAUGUGAGAACAAGGUGGAAUUCUCUCUACCUAAUGAUGGAGAGAUUCCUUGAACAAUACCCUGCAAUACAAGCAGCCAGCUUGGACCAACGCCUGAGAAAGAAUAUGGAGAGGGACAGGUAGAGAUAGGAAGAUGUUAUAUAGGAUAUAAGAAUGAA